UAGAUGUCCUAGGUAAUACACGUAUCGUCAGUAAAGGAAUAUCACGGUCCUGUAAUAUUUCCUCCAUCAUCGCGCAUACCGGGAGUGUUACGUCCUCACAACAGCCAGGAUAGAUGAUGGCGGUAGUAGAGGAUAGCGUGACGUCACUGGGCAUACAGAUCAUUUAUCUCAUUGUUGGCGUAUUCUGCAUGGUAAAGACCGUGACCUGGUGGGGGAACUACCGAAAGAUGAAGAAACGCUAUGACGAAAUCCCAGGAUUCGAAAAGGAAGAUUAUCACUGGCUUUUUGGAAAUAUACACAAGUUUCCACCGGAGUCAGAGAAAAGGUUAGAGCUACACAGACGUCUUAUGAUGAAAAACGCCCGUGUUUGUCGGAUGUGGCUGGGACCAUUCGUGCCAACAAUCUUUGUACAUCAUCCAGAUUCUGUCAAAUGGAUUCUCAAAUCGUCUGAGCCUAAGGCGCGUGGACUGGGUGGCUCGUACGAGUAUGUUCUGCCAUGGCUUGGUGAAGGACUGCUUGUCAGUAAUGGUCAGAGAUGGGCGCGGUCACGGCGUCUACUGACCCCAGCUUUCCACUUCGACAUCCUCCGACCUUAUGUUGGAAUUUACAACGAGGCUUCGGACCUCCUGUUGAACAAGAUGGCAGCACAUGUGGAAAAAGGUCAGAGUUUUGAGCUAUUCAGUAACAUCAGUAUGUGUACUCUGGAUGUUAUACUGAGAUGUGCUUUCUCCUACGAUAAUGACUGUCAGAUAAAAGGAGACACACAUCCGUACGUCGCAGCGGUCAACGAACUAUCCGAAGCAAUUAUCCAUCGAGCAAGGAUACCCUUGCUGCAUCCAGACAUCAUCUUUUAUCUGACGUCCGAGGGACGACGCUUCUGGAGGAACUGUAACUUCGUUCACACCGUUACGGAGGAAAUUAUCGCCAAACGAAAACAAACGUUGAAAGAAAUGAAAUCACAGCCAAAGAAUCGCUAUCUUAACUUCCUUGAUAUUUUACUGAGUGCAAAGGACGAAAAUGGUAAAGGAUUAUCUGACGCUGAAAUACGGAAUGAAGCGGACACCUUUCUCUUUGAAGGUCAUGACACCACGGCCAGUGGAAUUACGUGGACAUUGUUUGCACUAGCUAGCCAUCCUCAAUACCAGGCCAAGGUUCAGCAGGAAAUCGAUGACGUCACCAAAGGGAGAGCGUGUACGAAUAUUCAGUGGGAAGACCUUCCAAAGCUUCAGUACCUAACGCAAUGUAUAAAAGAGGGCAUGAGACUUUAUAGUCCAGUACCGUUUAUCCAGAGAAGGCUAACUAAGGAUGUCGAAUUGCCAGAGUGUACUCUUCCAGGCGGUACUCUCAUAACUAUACAUCUAUACAAUCUCCAUCACAACCCUCACGUGUGGACUGACCCGGACAUUUAUGAUCCGGAACGGUUUAAUCCGGAUACGGCCCGGGAAUUAGACACGUACAGUUUUAUUCCAUUUUCAGCGGGAUCGCGAAAUUGUAUUGGUCAGCAUUUUGCAAUGAACGAGGAGAAGACAAUCAUCUCAAGAAUCCUGCAGAGAUAUACGCUGUCAGUCGACCCUAAACACAAGGUGCAAAAGAAGCUGAGCGCUGUUCUGAGAUCUGAACACGGAAUAAACGUUAUACUUACGCCAAGGGCGACAACUUCAGGCAAAUGAUGAUAAAAUACACGCAUUUAUCACAUUUUUACCAUUGAAAUAUUAAAAAUUAAUCAUUUCACAAGUGAAAAAAUAUAACUUUUUUGCUUAUAAGUAACAAUGGGGAGAAUUCAGAUUUGCAUAUAGAUCUCCGUCAUAUUAUAUGACGUUCAUAAUGCAAGAAAGAAUACAAAACGUCACGAUUUGGCGUACAUUUGUGAGCUGUUGAGAUGUGACCGCAGUGAAUUCCGGGAGGGAUUGAGUAAUGAACACUACGCAGUCGUGAAAAGUAUCAAAAUAUUUGCCACACCCGUAAAAUUUAUUUGACAUUACCGAAGACACUGUUAGACAUCCUCUGUAUCUUUGACAUAAAUUAUCUCUCACUCAAGAUGUCACAGAAGGUACCAUGUUCAGCUACUGUGAACGUACAUAUUUUCGGUAAUAAUUUCGGCGUUUGAAUCAUUUCGCGGAUAACAUUUUCAAUAUAAUAUUUCUAUAGAAAAUAAUUUUGGUCCACCGAAACAUCAUUGUGCUAUUCUGUUCAAAUUUGGAAAUGCGCUACUUUUAUGUGCCAAAUUAUGUACAUUUAAAAUUAUAAACAUAUCUCUCGCAUCCAUUCUAGCAAAUUGUUCGGUUAUUAAUUUUAAAUGUAAAUAAAAUCAAUGGACAAGUAUGUAUUUAAUCUCGACAUGCUUUAAGUAAUGUUUAUGAAACCCCAACUAUAUUCGUAUAGCCUUUAAAUUGUAAUUAAAUGUAUCAUUAUUUAUCAGGUUAGAAGAUAGUUUUAUUGAGGUCGUUUCAGAACGGGUUCAUAAUUAACUCGAGACCGAUUAAUCUAUAGUAGUAAACAUAACUGAUGUAUCUGUCAAAUGGAACAUAUCACGAGAAGGCUUGUUAAUAAAAACAUAAUUUUAAUUACAAUAACACAUAGUAAAUAACGAUACAAGAAUGUGAUUUGAUGGGAAAUGUCCAUUUCAUUUUCGGUGGAAUUUGUCUUGAAUUCGAUGUAUGUUAAAACAUGCCAUGAUGAUGGAUGAGCGUCUUAUCUAGCUGGAAAACAAAAUAAACAUACAGAUUUAAUAUAUUACAUAAGCCCUUUAAAAAAUAUACCGUCAUAUCGUUGUCGCUGCAUUGACAAUUAUAAUGCUCUGCGAGAUAAUUACACUUAGAAGAAAACAUCCCGGCUAUCCUACAUUUUUAUUGUUCUUAAUCGUCUAGUACUCAUUUGUAUCCGCUACAUGUAAAUCAAUGACUUAUCAAGACGUUCACAUGCGUCUGCUUUUGGUUAGUGUUUAACAACAUAUUAGCCCCAUUUCCUACUAUAUCAACAAGGUGUAAUAUUUGAAGAUAAGAAGAUGCAUCGACUGUGGGAGGUCCCAUUUUUUGACAAUUAUAUUAAGUAUUGUUUACAGAGCUGUCAACCAAUCAGAUUGCUCUAGCAAAACUUCCGUUCUACAGUCGAUGCAUAGUCGGCUGUCACGACCCCUUUUGGCCCAUUUCUCAUCUUUAAAUCAUUGCACACGACACAUGAAUGACAUGCAUUGAUAUUUAAAAAAUAUAAACCAAGGUACGUUACUAAAGUUUGUGUGCAAUCAAUAUUUUGUAAGAUUGAACUUAAAUUCAAAGUGAAUUGAAGCUCAAACCCCACUUUCGACUUUUCAAUUGUAACACCUUGUUAAUAUGUUAAACGUAGGGGCUAAUUUUCCUUUAUAAAUACUAUUCCAAAUUAUCAAUAGAUCAUAAUUAUGAUUAAAUUAUACAUUCUAUAAACCAAUCGCAUGGUUAAUCUAUACUAUGCAUGAAAGUGAUGAAGCUUCUGAAGUACUAAAUUAUUAUUUUCAAUGGAUGCUUUUUCACGAAGAAUAUGAUACAAUGUAUUUAUUUGGUUGAAUGUCAAUAAUAUAUGUUGCCUACUAAAAAAAUCUAUACGAGCCGAUAUUCUUUUAUGUGUUGGACGACAAAACGUUGCGGUAUGCCAUAGUGUUUGAUUAUAAAUCAAAAUGGAAUCACAAAUACCAAUAUUACAAGAUAUAGAUUGUUUUAUGUCUCAAUUUAUCGUAUAUUUUGUCGAAUCGGUGCUUCAUAAUUCAGAAAGCACGAAAAAUAUUUCAAAAAU